AUGAACAAAUUGCCAGUUAACGAUGGGUUGGAUGAUAUUGAAGUAGAGGCAUUUGAUUUUAUUUGGGAAGAAUGGGAAGAAUAUAAAGGAGAUAUUCCGCUAUGGCAACAUAUUUUUUGUGGUAGUAUUGCAGGGAUAAUGGAGCAUGUGUUUAUGUAUCCACUGGACACUCUUAAAACUUAUAUUCAAACAAAUGGUUAUGUGAAAAAUAAAAAUAGUAUUGAAAAAUGUAAUAUAUAUAAUUGUGAAAGUAAGAAUAUUAAUAAAAAUAUAAAUUUGAAGGAAGUAAAUGGUAAUAACAUUAUGUAUACUGACAAAAGGAAAUUUUGUACUUCUUCAAUUGGUUGUAACAGUUGUAUAUAUAAUACAUCAUGUAAUUAUGAUAACAUUUAUAAUAUGAAACCAUUUGGCCAUUUUAAUAAGGAUGCUAGAAAUAUAAAUACAUUUAACAAAAUAAAAAUAAGGAAAAAAAUAGAUAUUAAUAAUAGUUUUAACUAUAGCAAUAUAAAAAUUAGAGAUGAGAAGGAGAUAACAUCUUGUUUUAUGAAUAAAAAAUUAAAAAAAAAUGGAUAUUUAAAUAAAAUAGUAAAUAAUAACAGUAAAAGUUUUAGUGCAAAUAAUGAAUAUAAUAAACAAAUUGAUGUUAUUGAAAAUAACUAUAGAAAUUCCCUUAAUAAAUUACCAUCUACAUAUUGUAGUGAUAAUAAAAGAAUAAAAUUGGUGAUGAAUAAUAUUGAAAAAUAUAAUUGUAGUAAAUAUUAUGGAGGUUCAUUUGAAAAAAAAAGUGGAUCUCUAAAUCAGUUUAUGAACAAAAGUAAAAAAAGUUUAAAAGAAUUUACAAAUAAUGAAAAAUUAAAUAGUGGUAAAAUUGUAGAUUAUAGUAUAAAUAAAAAUUAUAUUGGGAAUAAAGGAAUAAAAAAAUUGCUACCCUUCCAUUGUGCUGAUAAUAAAUUAAAACUUAUAAAAUCUAAAAAGAUAAUAUGGAAAUAUAUUAUAAAAAGAAACCAAAUGUGUAAAAAUGAAUGUAAAAGAAAUAGCUUGAAAUUUUCAAAUAGAAAUAGAAGAAUACAUCUUUUAAAAAGUGGGGAAAAUCAUAAGAAUAGAAUGAAUUUAAAUACUCGAGACAUAUAUGUUAAUCAAUUAAAAAGAAAAAAAGAAAAAAAUAUUAUUAUUAACAUAAAAAAUGAAAAUAAUUUAUUGUUACAAUUUGUUCAUAGAAUUAAAGAUAUUAAAAAUAUAAAAAAUCCUAAAAAAUUGAUGGGUGUAAAUAUGAAUAAUGACAAUAUAAACAUUAUAAAUAUUUUAAAAAAUUCAAUUAAUAAUGUGAUUAAUAAAUGCUUAUCAAAUAGCACUAAUGCAAAUAAUUUUAAUAUAGAAAAUGGGAAAACAUCUUUUAAUCUUUCAAUGCGUAAAUUUAUAUACAGUAAUGAUUAUAUAAAUAAAAAAAUGAAUAUGCUUACAGAUAAUUUGAUUAAAUGGCGUGGUAAUAAUAAUAAUACUUCUGGUAUUUCAACGAAUUCGCAUUUCAAUAGUUAUGGUAGAAACCCAUUUAAAUCAAGUACUUAUAAAAUAAGUGGUAACUAUUUUUUUAAUAUUUUGAAUUUACAUAAAAAUAAUGAAAAAAACGCAGUUAAGUUAUUUCCUCAUAUAAUUAAAAAUAGUUUUUUAAAAAUAAAACAAUUACAAAAAAAAAAAGAAUUUAUAAAAAAUUUUGAAGGUAUAAGAGGUGGAUUUUCUUUAAUCUCGGUUAAUGAUCAGAUAAGAAAAAACGAUUUAAAUAAUUUUUCUAUAUUAAGAAAUAGUAAUAAAAUGUUAUUUAACAAUAUAUGUUAUGCCACAAAAAAUUAUAAGCAUAAUAGAUAUGAUAAAAAAAUAUAUUUGUCUAAUAAAAGAAAUUACCCCAAAAAUUGUCAUAAUAUUAAUUCGAUUUAUAGUGCAUUCAAUAACAAUUUAAAAAAUAUAAAUUUUGUAAGAAAUAUAUUUUAUGGUAAAAAUAUUAACAGAAUAAAUAUAUCAACAUCUCAAAACAGUGGGUUGAUAAAAAAUAAUGUUUCAAAUUUAUACAAAGGUGUUAAUGUUGUAGUGUUAGGAUGUAUACCUGCACAUGCAUUAUACUUUUCGACAUUUGAAUACUCUAAGAAAUAUUUUUCAAAUAUUAAUACAAAUACUAACCCUAUAAAGAUAAUGAAAACUGAUAUUGGAAAUAAUGGAAAUGAUGAUAAAAUAACUAAAAUUGAUUAUAAAUUAAAUGAUCUUAAUUAUUUUAGCAUAGCUAUUUGUGGAUUCCUUGCCACAAUUGCUCAUGAUUUAAUUAUUGCACCAAUUGACACAAUAAAACAACGAAUGCAAUUGGGAAUAAAUAAAAGCUUACUUGAUUCAAUAAAACUAAUGAAAGAAAAUGGUAUAAGAAGUUUAUAUUUAAGUUUACCAAUAACAUUACUUAUGAAUAUACCUUAUCAAAUUAUUAUGAUAUGCGUUAAUGAAAAAAUGAAGAAGCAUUAUUUUGAGUAUGCAAAUGGAAUAAAUGGGAUGAGGGAAAAUAAUAAUAAUUUCGAAAAAAAAAAAAAUAUAAAUACUGAAAAUAUAAGUCGAGAAGAUGGAUUAAUAAGUAAUUUAAAAAAUAUGAAUGAUGGCCAAAAUAACAAAUUAAUUAAACAACACAUUGAAAAAGAUAUAUAUUCUAUGGAAAAUUUGAAUAUAAAUGAUGAGAGUAGAUAUAUGGAUAGAGGCAUGGAAAAUAUAGAUGAGUAUGGUGUAACAUAUUUUUGUGAGAAUAAGAAUAAUGGAAAUGAUUUAUUUAAAAAUUCUAUUAAUAAAUCAGAAAAAGAAUCAAAUAAUAAUUAUUCAGAAAAUUAUAAUAAUUAUAAAAAUGGGAUUAAUAAAAUGAAUAAUUCGUUAAAUUUUCAAAGAGAAUAUUUUAAUAAUAUGGAAUUAAAAAAUGGAUAUGCCUCUAAUUAUAACAAAAAUGAAUUUUUUAGUAAAUAUUUUAAUCAUAUAACGUCUUAUUUUGUAUGUGCUGGAAUUGGAGGAGGUAUAGCAGCAGUUGCAACUAAUCCAUUAGAUGUAAUAAAAACAAGAAUACAAACAGAAUGCAUUAAUUCCAAAAGUUUCAAUUUUUUUAGAAUUGUUUCAAAUAUAUAUUACAAAGAAGGUUGUCGUUCCUUUUUCAAAGGGUCGAUGGCAAGAAUGGCUUUGUGCGUGCCGGCGUCAGCAAUAUCAUGGGGAACUUAUGAAACAAUGAAACAGUUUUUCAAAGUUAAUUUUAACGAUGUAUAA